AGAACUGCGAGCCUUAGUAGUGGAUAUGGUAUUGGCCACUGACAUGUCCUGCCACUUUCAGCAGAUCAAAGCCAUGAAAAGCCUCCUGCAGCAGUCUGAGGCGAUUGACAAACCAAAGGCUUUAUCAUUGCUGCUGCACACUGCUGACAUCAGCCAUCCUGCCAAAUGCUGGGACCUCCAUCAUCGCUGGACAACAUCCCUGCUUGAGGAGUUCUUCAGACAGGGAGAUAGGGAAGCAGAGCUGGGUCUACCUUUCUCCCCUCUUUGUGACCGCAAAUCCACCAUGGUGGCCCAGUCCCAAAUAGGAUUCAUUGAUUUCAUUGUGGAGCCAACAUUCACUGUGUUGACAGAAAUGAUCGAAAAUAUUGUGACACCACUCAUCGAGGAGACCUCUCGCUCUGAAUUGCCUGUCUUCAGACAGUACAGUUUCAACAGUACUGGAAGUGACGGAAAGCAGUCCAGCAUGAAGAGUACACACUCAGAAGGCAGCUGCUCUCUGACCACAGUGGACUUCAAAGGUUUCAGGGGUACAUGGAAUCAAAAAAUUCAUCAAAACAGGGAGACAUGGAGGGACCAAGCAGGAAAAGUUGUAGACCUGGAGGUAAAGGUCACCGAGAUGGCAGAGGAACAUAGCCAAGAAGACAAAGAGACAAACGGUGGAAAAGACACAAGCACAACUGUUGACGGAGCCAACAUGGGACAGGGGAAAAUGAAAAAAGAAUCUGCGGGACAAGAGGUGCAGAACAGGAGACAGCAAGAAGAAAGAAAGACUAACGAUGAAAGAAACAAUAAUCAGGCUCAGUCUUCAAGCAUUCUGCUGAAAUCAGUCCCUGAUGCCAUAAAGAAGUCACCUGAUGGACACAUGAAGAAGCAGCAAUCCCAGAAUGACCCUCAAACUGUUUUCCCUCUGAUUCAUUAUUGCAAAACACCCACCUAUUGCGCCAGCUCCUACAGACUCAUCAGGGCAAAAGUCAUAGAAAUAUGGCCUAUUGAUGCCAGGACAAAAGCCAGGAGACUGCAACGCUUCUACUUGCAUCGACGGAAAUAACUUUGUAAGUUUGAAGUGUAUAAUAAUGGCAUAUUGUGUGAUGUACUCCUUCAUCACUCUGCUUCAGUUUUUCCUUUGUGAAUAAACUCAGAAUUCCUUUCUCAGUACAAAUAUAAUUACUUGCACUUAGUUUCCUUAUUUGUAUUAUUGUAGGGUCUUUGCCUUAUAUUAAAUGAAUUUUAUUAUUAUUAUUAUUAUUAUUAUUAUUGUUAAGAACUUAAGUUAUUAAGAUCCAAUGAAAAAACAAUUAUGCUGCAAUUUACACCAUGGAUACUAUGUUUUUGUUUUUGUUGCUAAUAAAUUUCCCUAUACCACAUCCCAUAGCUUGUGAACUUUCCUUUUUGCUAAAGCAUAU